AUGGUUCCGAGUGGACCCUGCCCUUUGCUCUUCCUGACCCUCAUCCUGCUGAUCGCUGGCCUGGCCCAGAUUAUCAGAUCACCUGACAGCUACCAAAAGUUUGUGAGCGAACACAUUGAUUUCCCCAAGACCAGACCCCCCAAUGGCCAGAGCUACUGCGACCAUAUCAUGUGGCACCUGAGCCAGAACAUGGGUGUCUGCAAACUCACCCACACCUUCAUCCAUGCCCCCGUCAGCUGGCUCUGGGCCAUCUGCACCAGCGGUGGAGGGAGAUGCAACCAGUAUAAUGAAUGCGACAGUAUCACAGCCUACCCCCUCACCAUGUGCUGGGUGCUCAGCCCUCCCCUCCCCCACCCACCGAACUGUAUCUACAGGGGAAUACCCCAGACCUGCAGGAUCCUCAUGGCCUGUAAUCGGGGUCGGCCUGUUCACUUCAUCAGAGUCAUGUAG